GUUAUUCAUUGAUUCUGUUUAAAAAUGCUGUAUCAACUUCAGAUUAUGUAGCAUCAGAAGUCAUGAUGAUGACCAUAUAAGUGGAAAUAUGUGGUUUAAACCUUUGCUGCAUCUAACAUAUUAGAAAAAAAUAAAAUUAAUUUUCCCCUGGCAUGUUUACUUAAUGUAAUAAAACUUGGUGGAAAUAAAUGAUACUUAAUGUAAAUAGCGUGAGAGUCCUGGGAUUAUAGUGAAUUUAAAUGGCACAACAAAGCACCAGUUUCAACAUUGGAAUGUUAGCAUCAUAUUCAAAAGUGUUAAUCUCAGUUGUAUAAGUUUUUAGCCUGUUUCCAAAAGAAAACUCAAACAUAUAUGAUUCAGUGCUUCAGUAUUGAGGGGGUGGGUUUCUCCAUGCACCGUGACUGAUAGUCUAUUGUACAUCCCCUACCGAUACUGGUGCUCACUAUCAGCCCCUUUCUGCCAGCGAGGUUUGUUAUGAGGUAUGUUUUUAGUCUCCAUACUGUGUCCGCAUAUGCUGUGAUAGAAAUAAGAAAAUACUGGUGUUGGAUUUUGUGUAUCUGUCUUAUAAGUGUAGCAACAGAACAUGCUUAUAUGCAUUGAGUAGAUAUUCAGCACUGAAACGUUUGAAAUCCAUUUUAAGACUAUGUCUCAUAUGUCUUGCCAAAUUUGAAUUUUGACAAAAGUUUUCAACCAUUUUUAAGAGCUGUUGUACACGUAUGUAAAGGCAUUCAUUUGGGUAUGGGUCUGGAUAAACUAAGGCGUUUGGACACAGAGGAAAGCACCCAUAAUAUUUUGCUUCCAACAUGGAAAAAGAAUUAAUUAUUACUCAGUGAUAGGUAAAUUAAAAUAUUGUGGGAGGAAUGUACAUUUUCACUUGAAAACCAUCACUUGUAUAGAGAGGUCAGUGUAACUUACACUGAUAAUUAUUACACAUCUUCCUGAUUCGUAUUUGUACAGUUUGUGCAAGUAAAAAGGUAAAGUUGUCCCUGUGCUUAACUAAUUAAGCACUGUGCCAUGAAGGCAUAUGGGUGAUUGUAUGUAUAGAUCCACAGUUUCUUGACCUCAGCACUUGCUGAAGGUGAGUGGUCAGCUUCAUGCCCGGCCAUUUUACCCCCAGGGUAAAAACCACCAAUACCCAUUGGAUAGGAGGUUGGGUGGACACCAGCGUCGAUCUGGAUGAUCUGGAGAAGAGAAAAUUCUUGACCUCGAACGCCAACCUUUCGGUCAUCCAGCCCAUAGCAAUUCACUAUAUCGACUAUGCUAUCCUAAAUACGAACACAUUUUCAAAUUAACCUGAAGGAUUGUUUCAAUCACCAUUUUAACAUAUCAGAAAAUCUCUCUAAUGCCGGCGCUACACGAUGCUACAAACGUUGGCUCCAACGUUGGGCAGAACGUUUGAGUCAAAUAAGUUCGACAGUUGGUGCGGCAAAUGUAUCUGCUACACGGUGUGGCGAAUGCUUGAACCAAAAUUGUUUGGUACAAACGUUUGCCUAGUAGUUCUAAAAUGGAGGAUACAGACGUUGCAAUUGCAGCCGCAGCGGUAGUAGUAUUGUCUUGUGCCAAGUUAUUACUUGAAAACAAGAAACGUAAAAGACGUACAAGAAGAUGGUGGAUGUUAUCUCUAAAUAAGAGCAGAGGACGGUACAAUGGCUCAGAUAUGCUACUGGAUUUACGAAGAGAAAGCUCAGGAAAAUUUGAGAACUUUUGUAGAAUGUCAGCAGAAGAUUUUGAAUAUCUUUUGAAUAAAAUUGGGCCAAAAAUAAAAAAACAAGACACCAAUAUGAGACAAGCUAUUCCAGUAAAAGACUGUCUAGCAGUUACUCUACGGUUUUUGGCUAGUGGCGACACAUUUACCAGUCUUGGAUACCUAUUUAAAAUAUCACAUCAGUCCAUAAGCCGCAUCGUCGCCAAUGUUUGUGAGGCUCUCAUUGAAGUACUAAAGGAUGAGAUACGGUUGCCACAUUCAGAGGAAGAUUGGAGAAGAAUAGCAAAUGGAUUUUAUCAGCGAUGGAACUUUCCCCAAUGUGUGGGAGCAAUAGAUGGUAAACAUGUGUUACUUCAAGCUCCAUUUAAUAGCGAAUCGAAAUUUUUUAAUUAUAAAAAAUCGUUCAGCAUCAUACUUUUGGCACUGGUUGAUGCAGAUUAUUGCUUUACAUUUAUUGACGUUGGGGCGCAAGGAAGAAUGAACGACGCUGGAGUGUUUGCGUGCACAACACUCUAUCGUAAAAUGAUACGUAGGGAACUUUUGCUUCCACCAAACGAACCUCUGCCGGGGCGCCACAAGAGCGUACCAUACAUUUUUGUAGGUGACGAUGCAUUCCCUCUUAGUAGCUCACUUUUAAAACCAUAUUCUGGAAAUCAUGCCAAGGGUAGCAUUGAACGGAUUUUUAACUACCGCCUUUGUCGAGCACGAAGAAUUGUAGAAAAUGUUUUUGGAAUUUUAGCAUCUGUAUUCCGCGUUUUUAGAACACCGAUGUUGAUACAGCCUGAAAAAGCUGCUAUGGUUUGCAUGACAUGUGCACUACUUCAUAAUUUUCUACGGCGAAGUAAUACAUCUAGGCAAAUAUAUAGCCCAAAUGGCAGCUUUGAUUAUGAAGAAGAUGGACAUUUGAAACCAGGAACAUGGCGCCAAGAGACCAGCAAUUCGUCGCUUACCCCUCUUUCCAAAACACCGAGAAAACCAUCUCAGGAGGCAAAAGAUAUUCGAAAGGAGUUUGCAGAAUAUUUUAUAACUAACGGAGCAGUUGAAUGGCAAGAUUAUGUUAAUUGACUGAUAACAAUGUUUUUUUGUUUAUUAAAUAAACUAUAUGAAAUAAAAUUACCUC